AUGGGGCUCAAGGCUCGCAGGGCGGCGGGGGCGGCCGGCGGCGGCGGCGGCGAAGGGGGCGGCGGAGGCGGCGGGGCAGCUAACCCCGCCGGAGGGGACGCGGCUGUGGCUGGCGACGAGGAGCGGAAAGUCGGGCUGGCGCCAGGAGACGUGGAGCAAGUCACCUUGGCGCUGGGGGCCGGGGCCGACAAAGACGGGACCCUGCUGCUGGAGGGCGGUGGCCGCGAAGAGGGGCAACGGAGGACCCCGCAGGGUAUCGGGCUCCUGGCCAAGACCCCCCUGAGCCGCCCAGUCAAGAGGAACAACGCCAAGUACAGGCGCAUCCAAACUUUGAUCUACGACGCCCUGGAGAGACCGCGGGGCUGGGCGCUGCUCUACCACGCGCUCGUGUUCCUGAUUGUCCUGGGAUGCUUGAUUCUGGCCGUGCUUACCACCUUCAAGGAGUACGAGACUGUGUCUGGAGACUGGCUUUUGCUGCUGGAAACAUUUGCUAUUUUCAUCUUUGGAGCUGAGUUUGCUUUGAGGAUCUGGGCCGCCGGAUGUUGCUGUCGAUACAAAGGCUGGCGUGGACGGCUGAAGUUUGCCAGGAAGCCCCUGUGCAUGUUGGACAUCUUUGUGCUGAUUGCCUCUGUGCCAGUGGUUGCUGUGGGAAACCAGGGCAAUGUCCUGGCCACCUCCCUGCGAAGCCUGCGCUUCCUGCAGAUCCUGCGCAUGCUGCGGAUGGAUAGGAGGGGCGGCACCUGGAAGCUCCUGGGCUCAGCUAUCUGUGCCCACAGCAAAGAACUCAUCACUGCCUGGUACAUCGGCUUCCUGACACUCAUCCUUUCUUCAUUUCUUGUCUACCUGGUGGAGAAGGAUGUGCCAGAGGUGGACGCACAAGGAGAGGCGAUGAAAGAGGAGUUUGAGACCUAUGCAGAUGCCCUGUGGUGGGGUCUGAUCACGCUGGCCACCAUCGGCUACGGAGACAAGACACCUAAAACCUGGGAAGGACGUCUGAUUGCUGCCACCUUUUCCUUGAUCGGCGUCUCCUUUUUUGCCCUUCCAGCCGGCAUCCUGGGCUCAGGACUGGCACUCAAGGUACAGGAGCAGCACCGGCAGAAGCACUUUGAGAAGAGAAGGAAGCCAGCCGCCGAACUCAUCCAGGCUGCCUGGAGAUAUUAUGCUACCAACCCCAAUAGGAUUGAUCUGGUGGCAACCUGGAGAUUUUAUGAAUCAGUUGUCUCUUUCCCAUUUUUCAGGAAAGAGCAGCUGGAAGCAGCAGCCAGCCAAAAGCUGGGUCUCUUGGAUCGGGUUCGCCUUUCUAAUCCUCGUGGUAGCAAUACUAAAGGAAAGCUAUUUACCCCUCUGAAUGUAGAUGCCAUAGAAGAAAGCCCUUCUAAAGAACCAAAACCCGUGGGCUUAAACAAUAAAGAGCGUUUCCGCACCGCCUUUCGCAUGAAAGCCUACGCUUUCUGGCAGAGUUCUGAAGAUGCUGGGACAGGCGAUCCCAUGGCAGAAGACAGGGGCUAUGGGAAUGACUUCCUCAUUGAAGACAUGAUCCCCACCCUGAAGGCUGCCAUCCGAGCUGUCAGAAUUCUCCAAUUCCGCCUAUAUAAAAAAAAGUUCAAGGAGACCUUGAGGCCUUAUGAUGUGAAAGAUGUGAUUGAGCAGUAUUCCGCAGGACAUCUUGACAUGCUUUCCAGGAUAAAGUACCUUCAGACGAGAAUAGAUAUGAUUUUCACUCCUGGACCUCCAUCCACUCCGAAACAUAAGAAGUCUCAAAAAGGCUCAGCAUUUACCUACCCAUCCCAGCAGUCUCCAAGGAAUGAACCAUAUGUAGCCAGGGCAGCCACAUCAGAAACUGAAGACCAAAGCAUGAUGGGGAAGUUUGUAAAAGUUGAAAGACAGGUUCACGACAUGGGGAAGAAACUGGACUUCCUUGUGGACAUGCACAUGCAGCACAUGGAACGCCUGCAGGUCCAGGUCACGGAGUACUAUCCGACGAAGGGGGCCUCCUCCCCAGCAGAAGGGGAGAAGAAAGAGGACAACAGGUAUUCUGAUUUGAAAACCAUCAUCUGCAACUACUCAGAGACAGGCCCCCCAGACCCACCCUACAGCUUCCACCAGGUGCCCAUCGACAGAGUCAGCCCCUAUGGGUAUUUUUCACGUGACCCCGUGAACCUGAGCCAAGGGGGACCCAGUUCGACAAAGGCUCAGCCCACCCUUCCCUCCUCGGGAAGUACAUAUGCAGAGAGGCCCACAGUUCUGCCCAUCUUGACUCUUCUGGACUCGUGUGUGGGCUACCACUCGCAGACAGAACUGCAAGGCCCCUAUUCGGACCGCAUCUCACCCCGCCAGAGACGCAGCAUCACUAGGGACAGUGACACGCCUCUGUCCCUCAUGUCCGUCAACCACGAGGAGCUGGAGCGGUCUCCAAGUGGCUUCAGCAUCUCCCAGGACAGAGAUGAUUAUAUGUUUGGCCCCAGUGGGGGAUCGAGCUGGAUGAGAGAGAAGAGGUACUUGGCUGAGGGGGAGACGGACACAGACACAGACCCCUUCACGCCUAGUGGUUCCAUGCCUAUGUCAUCCACUGGGGAUGGCAUUUCGGAUUCCAUAUGGACCCCUUCCAACAAGCCCACUUAG